AUGGGAGCUGGCCUCUCGGGCCCCCAGGCAAGGCACAAGCCACCUGCUGACCUCCCCCGGGUGUUUCACUCCUCCAGCACUGAGCAUCACCACCCCCCCCGCCGCUGUCUGAGCCCCCCCGGGCUCGCGUGUGCUCAGGGCCCCUGCUGGGGGGGAGACGUGCUGCCUGGGCUCCAGCGGGGCUCCCUGCGGGCACGGGCUGCUGUGGGAGGCAGCUGCUGUCAGCCUCCAGGGGCGCCAGCCAGGCCUGGAAUGCACCUCUGCCCGCCCACGGGAGAUGGGGCUGCGGGUCCCCUGCCGCUGGUCGCACUGCUGGGAGGACCGUGGCAGAGCUUGGGCUGCGGGUUCUGGUCAGUUACAGGCAGGGGGCUGGGGGUCCGGGGCAGAGCACUGAACCGGUGGGUACGGCCCCCGGCCCGUUGCUCCAGGAACCAAGCCCAGCGCCCUGGUGCCCAGCUGGCUCCUAGAGCAGAACAAGGGCCCAGACCAACCCGCUGGGGCGAGACUCCAGCUCGGCCUCCGGCCCUGUGCCCCAUGGGCCGGACGAGCCGGCCCCUCCCCUGCUCUCCAUUCGGCUUGGUGCUGCAGGCCAGCGCUCAGAGGGUGCCCGGGGAGAGGCCAGGGCAGCACCGCAGGGCCGUGCCCCAGGCUGGGCAAUGCCAGACGCUCCCCUGUGUCAUCCCCCCCGGGGCCGUGAGAGGAGGGUGGGUAAAGGGCUGGGCUCUGUUAGUAAUAAAGACAAGCUCCAGCUCCGGCUCGUGUGUCUGCGGCAAAGCUCUAGGCCUGCAGGGAGGGCUGGGCGCCCGGGACAGAGGGAUCCCACUGGCUGGGGGAGGAGGGGGCCACUUGAGUCCCUGCUGUCCCCUUGCCCUGCAGCCUGGACCCAUCAGAGCCAGGGAGGGUGGAGCUUGGGCACUCGGGGAGGGAUAGCUCAGUGGUCUGAGC